AUGGAACAAAAUGUAGAAAAAUUAAGAAAAGAUUUACUCCUAGAGGAAAAUACAUUAAAAACCCUUGAGAAGGUUCUCUCUGUUGUGGAGUCCAGCUCAAAAGCUUGUGAACUUUUUUGGAAAGCAGACGAACUGGUUUUUGUUCUUUUUCAAAACUUUAUUGAUUCAUUCUACACGCUAAACACCGAGCUUUUCGACGAAGGAGAAAUGCAUAAAAUAAAGCUUUGUAUUGAUAUACUGACAAACAUUGCUCAGAAAAUAAAAAUAGAAGAGUUCUUCCUAAAACUUCAACUUGAUUAUUACAUUUAUCCUUUUUUAAUGUCGUCAGGUGAUGAAUCCAUUAAAAUAUCCACCUUGAAACUGUUCUCAGCACUUCUCAAAGAUGAAAGACACGAAGGCAUGCGUAUUAGUGAGUUACUCCCUCUUAUUCUUAAGAUUGUUGAUUCUGGCAGUGAAGAAUGCCAGAUUUUGGCUUUAGAAACACUUGGUCUUGUACUAAUCGGAAAUGGAUUGGACUAUGCUGUGCAGACAAUUGAUAGGUUUAGAGCUAUUGAUGUUGUUUUGAACCCAUUGGUUAAAAGAUCAGUGCUGUCAAAAAAUUUGAUAUUUUUGAAACAAUUAUUAAAAAUAUACACAAGACUGUGUGAUCACAACAAUGUAAGAAUGAAGGUUAGGGAGAAGCCGCCUGAAGGUUUAGAUUCUAAAGAAAUGAUGUCGCUUUGUGAAAGAGAUGAGGAACUGUUAAGUAUUUGGACAAAAUUCAUGCAUACAUUAAAUUAA